AUGUCCCAAACAGCAGGCACUCUUGACGAGCGCGAGACGCGUCUUGUCGCGAUCGCCAUGCAAUGUCUGAAGAGCGGCGCGCCCGACGUCGACCUCAACAAGUUCGCCGCAAUGGCUGGCUACGCCUCCGCAGCAUCCGCCGGUAAUGCCUGGCGUCCGCUCAAGGACAAGAUCUUCAACACCGCAGCCGUAGAUGGCGCGGUUCCCGCCACUCCGAAGAAGAAGCGCGGUCCUAACAAGCCGAAGAAGGCCGCUGAGAAUGGCGCUGCUGAAGGCGAAGAAGACGCGACUCCCAAGAAAACGCCGAAGCGCAAGGCCGCGCCCAAGGAGAGCGGCGAAGAUGGAGCUAGCCCAAAGAAGCGUGGCAGGAAGCCGACUAUCAAGUCCGAGCCGAAGGUCAAGGAGGAUGAAGAGGAUGAGGAUGCAGAUGCGGAGCUUUCUGGAGGCGUCAAGAAGGAGGAUCAGGACGCUGAUGCUGAUGCUGAAGAAGAGCCUACGGUUUGA